AAUGCUAAAAUAUUUUCCCAUAUUGUAAGCAUAUAAUUGCGUUGACACGACACAUUGCAUAAUAUAUAGCCCUGCAUGGAGGUAAUCAACGGGGGGAGACAACUAACGUUAACUUUUAGUUGGUCGCCGCCAUUAUACCACCGAAGAAGCGUUUACCGCCCUCCUUCACCGCUUCUUCUUCUACUUCUUAUCGUCGGUGGGAGAAAAAAAGUAAACAUCGUUGGUCGAAGGGACGGCUUGGUUGUCCUUGCUAGCAUUCGUUAUAUGGCAGUGGUCCAAUCACGACGAUUUAUGAACAUUACAGACACAUUGUAGAUGGUUAGCUACCAAGCUAUCAAGGCGUUAGCCAUCUUGCCAAUAUGAUGGCCUACUCUAAGCGUUAACUCUAGACUAGCGGCGAAGUGUCCCGACCGAUUAGCUGUUAGCAUUAGCUUGCCAUGGACGUUCGGGUGUAUUGCGUUGUCUGGAACCCCGGUUAACGCAAGGUGUGGCGAAACAAGACAUUAUUGUAUAUUAUGGUUGCAUAGGUGCUGGCUGUAUCUAUUUUCAGUGGACACCAAAUAACCCACAGCCCUGUUAGCAGGUGGCUAACGCUAACCGAACGCCGCCCCAGAUGCACGGCAUGAGGCAGUCACUGAUUUGUGAUGUUGAUCUUUCUCUACACCAUGUAAAUGUCACAAUCCUUCCAGUGUUCCACUGAACACGUUUCAUUUAACGGCUACAUUUUAUUAAAUAAUAUUCAGUAAUACUGACAAUCUGUCUCCCAAAUAGUUUGGUUUUCUAAUACAAACUUCAGUUUACUUCGUUUAGUAAAUAUUGUCCAAUCUGUCACCAUAAAAGGCUGCUAAUUGAAUAACUGCCCGAACACAACAAUCAAUAACGUUAUGUAACACUGUUCUCUCUUGGAUAAUCCUAUCUUUCUCAUCCAUCCAUAUUAGCAAUGAUAUAUAGAUACAGAGGCCUACUUGGACAGAGCAGUUUCCUGUUUAGGAAUUGUAGCAAUGUAUAGAAUCCGGUUAUAUUACAGGUGUGUUUGGCUCCUCUCAUUGCUGGAAACGGCAACAUAAGUUUGGCUGUUUAUCCAUUGAGCCUAAUUACAGCAGCUAUCAACAUUAUGCUGGAGCUCUGCCCAUGAAAUCGCAGCAAGUCGAACUUGGCUGGGUCUCAUAUUUUGCAGACACACCUGCAUGGUCAAAAUAACAAUUAGCCCAGUUCUGACCCAUGGACUAUAAAACCAAGUAAAGACGUGUAUGUGAUGUGACUGCAGCUCGCGUCCCCAAAGACUAAAAGCCAUGGAGAGCGCUACGUCUGUGUACAUGUGCUUCCCAUGCUACCAGGAGUUUGAGACAUUGGAAGAGGUGCUUAAGCACCAGCUCACCUGCAAUGCAGAGGCCACAGAGCCAGCCCCCGACAUGUCUGGCCUCGCCUCCAUUGCUGUCCAGCAAACUCAGCAACAGGUUGUAGGGCAUCUGUUGGCCCCUGAGACGACGCAACACAUCACGUCCAAAGAAGAAGAAGAAGCAGCAGCAGCAGCAGAAGAAGAAGCUUCCGUGUGGGAGACCAAAGACGGGACGGAGCAGGACGCCUCGAGCGACGUCCCUUCCACACAGUCCAACCAGCCCAGAAUACUCUACCAGUGUGGCGACUGCAAUGAACUGUUCAAAACCCUCGAGCAGUGGCAAGGGCACCGCCUGGACGAACUAUGUCAUCAGCCGGGGGUCCAAGCCCCACCCCAGGCCGAGCCAGAACCAGAACCAGAACCAGAGGGGGCCGAUGCGUCUGAGGAGGAGGCUGCGGAGGCACAAGGGGCGGACGAGGAGACGCAGCAGGAGGCCAUCCUCGGUAAACAAGCCGCGGCCUCUUCGAGUCAAGACGACUCUCCCUCCCGGAGGAGAGGAGCCAACAAGAAGCCCAAGCCGGAGGCCGUGUUCCUCUGCGUGGACUGUGGCUCCGGCUUCGGCCUGGUGUCGGAGCUGGUGGCCCAUCGCAAGAGCCAGCACGGCCUGGAGGAGGCCCUGCACCGCUGCUCCGUCUGCGGGGAAUGCUUCCUCAACACCACCCUCUUCCUCUACCACCGCAAGCAGCACCGGCAGAAGGGAGAGGAGAAGGGAGAGGUCCCGCAGAACGCUGUGGUCCACGUGCCGACAGGGAACGGCGACGCUGAGGAGGAGCAGGCGCCGACGGUGGUCCUCCCGGCGCCUUCCUCCUCUUCCCCCAGCGCCAGCGGGGGCUUCACCCAGCCCGAGGCCUUCAUGUGCACCCUGUGCGGCGGCAACUUCAGGAACGUCGGGGGGCUGUCGGCCCACCGCAAAGAGAAGCACGGCCUGAAGGACGCCCUCCACCUCUGUGUCGAGUGCGGCCAGGAGUUCAUGAACACCACCCAGUUCCUAUACCACCGUCGGCAGCACCGUGUCCAGCAGGUGAUGGUGCCAGAGGCCGGGGACGGAGCGGAGGUUGUGGUGGCGGAGGACGGCGGCCACGUCACCGUGGAGGGGGAGGAGAUUGAGAUGGAGGAGGGGGUGGAGAACCCACAGGGUCAGAAGAGGCCUUACUCUCCUGCCAUCACCACCGAUCCUGAGUCCCCCAGACCAAAGAGAGGCCGGCCCGCCAUCAGAAUCCUCAGCAAGAAUGCUCCACUUAAAGCGAUGAAGGGGGUGGGGACGGGGGCCAUCAAGGUGGAGCCGCCGGAUCCGGAGGCUGCCAACCAGCCCCCCCCCGCCAAGCUGCUGCAGGACUGGGCCCGCACCCCGCUGCCCCACGUGUGUCCCUACUGCGGGAAGACCUUCACGCGCCGGGUCUUCCUGCGCACGCACGUCUUCAGCCACACGGGGGAGAAGCUGUUCACAUGCAAGGUGUGCUCCAAGUGCUUCACCAACUCCCAGAGCCUGCUGCGCCACAGCAUGUGCCACACCGGCAACAAGCCCUACAUCUGCGACGAGUGCGGCAAGAAGUUCUCCCAGGUGUGCACCCUGAAGAGGCACCAGGCCACGCACUCGUCCAACCAGCCGCGGCGCAAGCGCGGACGCAAGCCGAUCUGCGGCCUGGAGGACGACGGCACGGCCCACGUGUUCCCCUGUCCUCACUGCACGGCGCGCUUCAACACGGAGGACCAGCUGAAGCAUCACAUACUGCUCCACAGCAGCCACCCCUUCCCGUGCACAGUGUGCGGCGAGGCCUUCAAGCGCAGGAGGGAGCUUGACCUGCACGCCCUCUCUCACCAAGACAAGGAGCCGGUGACGUGCAUUCACUGCUCGGCCCAGUUCGUCAACCAGUCGGUGCUGGACAUCCACCUGCAGCGCUGUCCCACCAGCGAGGAGGACAAGAACGUGGGCCGGGGCCGGGGCCAGGGAAGGGGUCGCUGCACUGGACAGAUGGAGUGCGACCUGUGCGGCCACCGCUGCAUGACCCAGGAGGGCCUGGACCUGCACCGCCUGUCCCACACGGGCCAGACCCCGCUCAAGUGCCCCGUGUUGGGCUGCCGGCGCCGCUUCGCGUCCAACGCGGCGCUGGAGGAGCACAUGCUGGCCCACAUCCAGGGCACGCUCAGCCGCUCUCGCCAUCGGCCGCGCUUCCGCUGCGACAUCUGCCUCAAGGAGUUUGCCUACACCUCCACCUUCAACGUGCAUAUGCGCACCCACACGGACGAGAGGCCCUUCGAGUGCGCCACGUGCGGCAAGCGCUUCCGCCAGCUGCCCCACCUGCAGGACCACGAGCGCAUCCACAGCGGCCUGCGGCCCUUCUGCUGCUGGGUGUGCGGCAAGAGCUUCAGCGUGGCGGCGCGCCUCACGGAGCACGCGCGCACGCACAGCGGCGAGAAGCCCUACGCCUGCGUCCACUGCCCCGCCGCCUUCCGCUCGCGCUCCAACCUGGACAAGCACGUGCGUCUCCACGGCGACCUGCCCCACGAGGGGGCGGGCUCGGCGGCGGACGCGGCGGCGGUGGCCCAGGUGCUGGAGGGGGCGGAGGUGCUCACGUCUCUGGCGGGCGCGCUGGAGGGCGAGGUGGGCGGCGGCGGCGUGCAGACCUUCUACGUGCUGCAGGAGGAAGGCGCCGGCGGCACGGAGACUGUCAUGAUCUCGUCGGAGCAGCUGGCGGCCAUGGACGGCUCGUCCCAGAUGGUGAUCCUGCCGUCGUCGGUGCUGGGCGGCGGCCAGACCAUCGCCCUGCCCCACCACCUGGCCAUGGACGGCGGGGAGAUCAUGGUGCACACCGGGGCCUCGCCCAGCCAGCAGCACACCAUCGAGUUCAUCGUGGAGGAGACGGUGGUGUGAGGAGGGGGAGGAGGAGGAGGCCGCCAUGUUCCGAGUGGCUGUGCGAGAGGUCUGUGUCUGUGUGUGUGUGUGUGUGUGUGCGUGUGCGUGUGCGGUGGUGGGUGAUAAAUCCUGUGAACUACGUCCUCCUCAGGGCGGGGGCGGCCAUGCUAGGGGGGAUUCGGUCAGGGGGUGCAAAUGAAAAGAGAAGGAUCAGAAAUAUAUCUUUGAAAUGUCCUGUUUUCAGACUGAUUGAAAGGUAGAUUGUAAAGUUGACAUUUUGUUUUAUAUAGUUUCAACUCGUAUUUACAACCUGUUUUAUCAGGGCUGGAGUUGGCCUCUCAAAUCUCAACUGCUUUCUUAACAAUAAAACGCUUCAGCUUCCACGUCAGUCGGUGUCCGUCAUUCUUAAAGGGGUACAUCGGGGCCACUGCCCCCCAUCUUCAAUCAAAAGGGUUUUUAUUAUAGGUCAUGCUGUAAAUUGAUAAAGGUUUAUUUUUUGAUACACACAACAUUGGGCCUUUUUGAUGGGACGGAUGGAUGGGUCUUAUGGCAGAGCUCAAAGUUCCCUCAGAAUGGUUUCUCCAUUUUGCUCUACUCCCAUCGCCCUCUCUUUAAGGACGGUUUAGAACAAACGAGAGUAGCGGGAGUGAGUUAGUGGAGGUGUUUAGAUUAACACUAAUGUCGCUGUAAUUUAUUGGACACCGCGCCUUCGAUUGGUUUUGUGUUGUAUUCACAUGUGGUAAUAACAGAAGCGCUGGGAUUUAUGGUGAUUGAGCUCAAGUGGGACAUUAUGCACUGGCAAGUAGUGUUCUGAAAUGAUCUCCCUAUCGUUCUAGUUACCUCAAAUAAUGAUCCUGUUAGCGUUGGAAUGGAAGAGAGGUGUCAUGUGAUCCAAGUUUAUUAUU